AUGAUGUUCUGGGCUUUUUUGAGGCAACGGGAACUGUGUAGUUCUUCCAGUGUGGGGAGAGGGCAGCCGACAAUCUUUUGAGCGAUGUUGAUGACCCUCUGGAGCACUUUCCUCUGAGCCGCUGUGCAGCUGGUGUACCAUACGUAUAUGCAGUAUGUUAGUAUGCUCUCAAUGGAGGCACGGUAAAAGGACCCCAGCAGUCUUUGUGUGAUGUUAUUCCUCCUGAGUAUUCUCAGGAAGUACAGUCUCUGCUGGGCCUUUUUCAACAGCUCAGAGGUGUUCACACUCCAGGAAAGGUCCUCCUCGAUAUGGACUCCCAGGAAGCGGAAGUCUGCCACCCUCUCCACACAGUCCCUGCUGAUGAUUAAUGGUGGGAUCUCUGUUUUAUUUCUCCUGUAGUCUAUGAUGAGUUAUUUGGUCUUUGAGGCGUUGAGGAGCAGGUUGUUGUCCCUGCACCAUGUUGACAGCCGCUCCACCUCAUCUCUGUAGAUGACUCGCCCUCCCCCCUGUUAAAAUGCAAGGCCUAGAAAUGGCAGCAGAAUUUGACAUUCAAUUCAAAAUGGCCGACUUCCUGUUGGGUUUAGGAUUUGGCUCCAAUAGGCAUUUUUGUACGUCAUGACAUGAUACAUAUGCCUGCUAAUUUUCAUUCAUGUCUGCGAAACGGGACACCAGGGAUGCUGAAAGUUUGUAGGGAGCGCUAUCGAGCACACCCACGUGCGAGACCCAGAUGAAAUGUAAAAUGCUGCCAUGUGGGUCGUGUGUGCCAAGUUUCAUGACUUGUUGAGCCUGUUUAUCACCAUUUAUGAUCAUAUGUUAAAACAACAAGGUGAUGCUGCCUGCGUCGGUACGACAACACAGUUCAAUAAAAAUUCGUAAGACUCAUUGUCAACAGUCUAAGGGUCUUCUGACCAAAUUUAAGCUGGAUGUGGUCAAUCUGCAAGGAGAAAUACAUAAAAGUGUAAUAAAUCAUAUUUUCGGUUACCACCAAGUGGCGCUACCACUUUUAAUGAAUAUUGUCACAUAGAUGUGUUCAGGGCAGGACUCUUAUCAGGCACUUGAAGUUCGGUGCCAAUUGGACACUCAUGAUGUUACAGCAAAUUCAUGUGCGUCCACGUUUGACGCCAUGUCGCGGACACGCCCUUCAAUGACAACUCACCACAUUUAUCACAUAUCAUCAACAAUAUGUUUUGCAUUUUCUGACCAAAUUUCAGCUGAAUCUGAUCAACCUGCUAGGAGCAGAACGUGAUAGUAUAAAACAUUUAAUUCCUGUUGCCAGUAGGGGGUGCUAUGAGUAUGACUGAACUGUAGACAUGUUCAGGGUGAGAUUCUUAUCAAACGUGAAGUUUCGUUGAGACUGGACCAUGUACGCCGAAGUUGUGACAACUUCCUAUUUCAUGGGAAAACGUCACAAAUUGGCGCUACACCUCAGGCACGCCGUUUGACGAACAGUCACAAACAGCACAACGUUUUAAUCGUGAAUGUCUUUAGAUUGCAAUGUCCAAAUGUGAAGUCAAUCCGAUGAAUUCCCUAGGAGGAAUCUGUCCAAAUACAACACCAAAAAGGUCUGUGUAUCUUUUCGUCAUUCGAUUUUCCUUUCAGAAACGGGUAUUAAAACAGAAAACAAGGGGUUAUUUGAUUUUUGUUUUAAAAUACAAAAAUUAAAAUUGAAAUACAAGGCGUUUUUCUUUUUCAUGGUCAAAAAGGGAUGAGCAAAAUGUAAAAAAUUAUUUGAUUUUCUUAUUCUAUUUCAUAUAACAAAAAAUAAAAUCGCUAGAAAACAGAAACGAAAAAAGGCCUGUUUUUUCAUAUUCUGAGACCGGAUGUUGUCGUUUACAGGACGGUGCUGUGUAGAAGAAACAGUAGGCUAGUAGACUGCGAUCAAUCCAGCCGUGAGUCCGAUCUCCGUGGUCAAAUCAGCCGCACUUAAAUUUCGAGUGUACAAGUAUUCUCAGCAUUAUGGUAAAUGCGGAGAAAAAGCAUAUUUACUUCCGGUUUUCAAAAUAAAGGUAUUUAGAACAGUAAGCUAUAAUUCGAACCUACAUUUAAAAUAAAAUAUGUUACAUUAAAGUGUUUCAUGCGCCCCGAUGAAUAAAAAACAUGUCUUUAGAUUGCACUGAUUAAAUUUGAAGUAGAUCAGAUAAAUUCCCUAGGAGGAGUUCGUUCAAAUACAACGCGAAAAAUCACAGAAAAUGACCAAAAAAUUCUAAAUGGCUGAGUUUGAUGCCACGCCACGGACACUCCCUUCAACGUACAUGCACAAAUAGCACAACUUUUAAUCAGCAUCAUUUUUUGACUGUACUCACAAAUUUUGAAGCAGAUCUGAUAAAUUCCCUAGGAGGAGUUUGUUCAAAUACAACGCGAAAAGUUCGCCGAAAGUGAAAAUGAAAAUCAAAAUGGCCGACUUCCUGUGGGGUUUCGGGUAUGGGUCCAAGAGGCUUUUUUGUACGUCCCGGCAUGUUACACGUGCCUACCGAGUUUCGUACAUAUUGGUGAAACGUGGCGCCGGGGCUGCUGUUUUUUUAUCCUGUAGGACACACUACACACAUGAGGAACACGGUUUUGGUAUGUGAGCUUCAGGCACUACUCUACACGUGCCCUGUGAAUUUCAUAUUCACAACUAUUAGGGUAUUCGCACAGUGAUGUUUCAUGCAAAAAGAGCGCCAGCUAGUGGCGUAUUUUGUUUUUCCUUUUUAAGGGAGCCUCAGGGAGCCAGGGGGAAGCAUCAUACCAAGUUUCAUCUUAAUCACACAUACCGUUGUAGAGAUAUAAACUUCUUCAUUUUAAAGAGCGCCACCUAGUGGCAAUGGCCUGAAAUUGUGCACGAUGCUUAAGAAAGACAUGUGGAACUAUGGACCCAAGUUUGGUGUCAAUCGGACAUACCAAUGUGGAGAAAUGGUCCACUUCCUUUUUGACGAAAAAUUUACUGGAAGUUGGAAUUUUAUAGCGUGCUUAUUUUUUGAAAUUUCAAAAAGGUUCAAAUUACUUUUUUUGCCAGGGCGGUCCCCAGGUGGUAGGUGAAAAAUUUCGUGCUAAUCGGACAAAGCGUGUAGGAGUAACACGUAAAAGUAAAAAAAAAUUCUAGGCGGAAGUGGGCGGGGCUUAUAUGGGGAGAUCCAGCUCCAUUCACCGAACGCGUGGGUAUAAGUUUUUUGAAUGUGCGACAAACUAUGCAGAAGUUAUUAGCCUAAACGCAUUUUUUAUGAUAGUAGCGCCACCUAAUGGCAGACCCGAAAGCAACGCAUGUAAUAUCCCCAUUUUCACCAGGCCUGACCACUUUGCCAAAUAAAAUUGACUUUUCGUAUAUGUUCAGGGGGUCAAAAUCGCAGUCAAAGGGGGCUAAAAAUAAUAAUAAUAGUUAAGAAGAAGAAGAAGAAAUCAAGCAAAAACAAUAGGGACCUUACCGGUCGCUGGCUCGGUCCCUAAUUAUAUAUAUAUAUAUAUAUAUAUAUAUAGAGAGAGAGAGAGAGAGAGACAGAGAGAGAGAGAGAUGUAUAUAUACAAUAUAUAAAAUUAACAGUAGCUACAGUAAACGGUGCAAACAGUAAACAGUGCAAAUGGAUGUGCAAAUACAGGUAGAAAUUGCGUGUGGGGGGUCCAGUAGGGAACAGAAUACAAUGCUUUUAUCCCACUGUAUAUCUCCUUGUUUCUUUUAGAUGAGAACUGGCCAGCCUUGUGGACUGAGAGUCAAGCUAGGGAAUUUAAAAACACUUUAAUUGACUUGUUGUUUACUUGUUGUUUACUUGAGUAUUUACAUUUUAUGCUACUUUAUAAAGUAGCAUAAAAUGUAAAUACUCAAGUAAUGUAUCAGUAAUGUAUCAGUUAAUGCUACUUUAUACUAGAAAUAUUAAGUACUUUUUAGUCCACUACAUUGAUUUAACAGCUUUAGUUACUAGUUACUUCUCAGAUUAAGAUUUUAUAUAGAAAACAUGUGAUCAGUUUGUUGGCUUGUGUUGCUUAUAAUAAAUUGUGUUACUUAUAAUAAAUUGUUCAUUAUACAUACCCAGUCUUUCAGAAUGCUUUCAAUUAUGUGUGGAUGCAUGUAGCCGACUGUAUGCGUUAGUGAGUGUGGUGGUGCUUAUGGGGUGUCGGUCCGGGACAUGUGUGUACGAGGACGGGAGGGAAUCAUCACAGUAUACCCACUACAAUAAACUAGACUACACCACUGGAGGAAAGAGUUUUUGAGUCUGUUGGUGGAGCUGGACUGGGACAGCAGUCUGCCACUGAACACACUCCUCUGCCAUACUUUUAUUUAUUCAAUAAUAAUUAUAUUUAUAUUUCAAUUCUUCAAUAAUCCCAUUAAAAUAUUUCAGUUUCCAUUCAAAGCAUUCUUUGUCAAUUUAGUUCAACAACACUGUCUGUCCUUCUGUCUGUCUGUGUCUGUGUCUGUGUGUUAGUGUCAGGGGCUGGGAUCUGUUUGUCAGGCCUUCCUUUUCAGAAACAUGUUUAUUUUUGUGACUAGCUAUAGCUACAUGCUAGCAAACAAGCUAUCUAGCUAAAUCCAGGAGAAGAGGGGCUUUGUGGCAGACACAGACUGUAUUUGAAAGAAGGAUGGGCCUAAACUACCCAACAGGAUAUCAAAUAGUUCAAAUCAGAUCCACCUCAACAACAGUCAGUUAAUGAUCUAAUAAUAUCAUAUGUAAUAGUGUAAAACUCACAGUUUACUUUUAAUACAUUUGGUUAAUUAUACUCAGUGUCACCUUAAGUUUAAUAAAGGACCUCAAUGUCAGUGUCAACUGAAAAUAACAUAAACCUAUGUUAUGAUCAAUUCAAGGUGCACGCGAGCUGUCCAUUGGUCCAUCAUGAAAGGGACUGCAGUUAUAAUGAUGGUCUUAUCAGGACUGUGUUUUCUACCUUCCUGUUUUCCUCGUCUCUACAUCUUUGUUGAACAGCCAUCGACCUGGGCUGAAGCUCAGAGCUACUGCAGGGAGAAGUACACCGACCUGGCCUCUGUGCACAAUGAGCGACACUUGGCUCAGCUCAAUACACUUUUAGAUAAUAAUCCCAACGUCUGGAUCGGACUGCAAGCUGAUAUUGAGGCAUGGAGGUGGUCUCUGGAAGACCCGCGUUACUAUGGUGAAGGAGAGGCUGACUUCAGGAAGUGGGCCCCGGAUGAACCAAAUGGUGUAGGAUACAACAAACUUUGUGUGAUGAUGUUGGCUUCCGGUGAAUGGGCGGAUGCCGUGUGCACAAUGGCAAUAGAUCUAAUUUGCUACAACGGCACGGCAGGAACAGAAGACACUUCAUCAAGCUUCAUCUUUGUGAAUGGACCCAAGACCUGGAAGCAGGCUCAGAGUUACUGCAGGGAGCACUACACGGACCUGGCCAUUGUGAGGAACCAAGCUGAGAAUGACCUGCUGAACAGCAUGACCCAGAAUUCAUUCACAUGGAUUGGCAGCUACAGAGACUCAUGGAAGUGGUCAGAUGGGAGUACACAUUCAUUCAGUAACUGGGCUCCAUCCACAGAUCGAUACACUUGUGCCGUUUCACACUUGGGCAAAUGGUAUAACCAGGACUGCAACAACAAGCUGAGCUUCGUAUGUUACGUUGUUCCCGCGAUGAAGAAGCAGGUGGUACAGGUGGUGCUGAAAUCGUCUGUGGACAUGGAAGACCAAAAGGAAUACAUCUUGCAGAAGUUUAAGCAGGGACUGAAGGACCACAACCUGGAUGAAGAUGUCAAGCUGAGAUGGGUGGAGCAGCCCGACGGAAAGGUCUUCCACAAGACAAACACGGACAAGAAGGAGGGCGAGAGCUGAUGCUGUAAAUCGGUCGUUCUCAACCAAAUCAGGCUGCAGACCUUUAUUGGAUAAGAUUGGGAAUCUCUAUCUUAUAAGAUUUUGUUAUUCCAUGACUGUCCAUGCUGUAGAUUGGAAAAUUAACAGUGAAUAGUGUGAAAUGUAUGAACAGAACAGCAAUUCUCUCAUUGCGCUAACUUUUAGUCAAUGAAAUAAUAGUUAAAUUAAUAUAUACAUUGCAUUUAAUUGCACUGAUUCUUUUGGUUGCAGGCUGAGCAUCCAACAUCUUCAUAUCCCUGCAGCUGAUUUUACGCAUUAUGAUCAGUUCCCUGCUCACAGGAGUUCAGCUCAGCCUGUCCUCUGUGGCUCUCGAGGAGCUUUGUCAAUUUUGACAAAAUAAUCCUAAAAGUCCACUAAAUUUAUAAAAGUGCACCUCUAAAUCACUGGAAUAAAACAUAACCCUUAGACUUCAACAUGCUUUUUCUAUGUCUAUGGCUAUUUCUUUUUUGUAUUGUAUUGUAAAAGCUGUAACAUAAUUAAUUUUGGUGAAAUCAUUAAAGCUUUUAAAAAAACUUAA